GAUGAUGAUGUACGCGUUAUGUUAAUUACAUAAGCAAAACGUAAAUGAUUCGCGGGAAAAGGUGAAAAAAUGGCGCCGCGCACUGACUGCGUUUCUUCGCCGCUUCUCUUCUAAAAACACCAGAAACUUCUGUUAACACCGCGAAUGGGAUAUCGGGCUUUUGGAGGAGGGACAUCAGCACUUUUGGCGCAUUUUAUCUGCGGGACCAGAGAGAAAUCAAAGCGGUGUAGGUGCAUUUCCAGCAGUCAGCAUGUUGGAAGCGGCGUGCCGGGACGGCUAUUUGACAGUGGGAUCGGAAGCGCUGGAAUCGAAGCGCCUGCUUCCCAGAAGAGAAAAACCCUUCAUGGACCAUGAGUCCAACUUGACCGUGGGCCAAUAUGUGCUGUGCCGCUGGUCCGAUGGCCUUUAUUACCUGGGCAAAAUUCAAAGAAUGAGCACCUCAAAGCAGAGUUGCUUUGUGACAUUUGAAGACAACUCCAAGUUCUGGGUGCUUUGGAAAGAUAUACAACAUGCUGGGGUCCCUGGGGAAGACCCCAAAUGUUCGGUGUGCUCUGACAUUUCUCUGGUUCCCAGUAAUGAAAUUCUUAUCUGUGGAAAAUGUGGAAUAGGCUAUCAUCAGCUCUGUCACUUGCCCCCGGUGGAGAGCUCAGCGGAUUUGUCCCCAUGGUUCUGCAGGAAGUGCAUUUUUGCCUUAGCUGUGAGGAAAGGGGGCGCUCUGAAGAAAGGGCCAGUUGCUAAAGCGCUGCAAGCCAUGAAGCAGGUGUUGGAGUAUAAUCCAGAUGAGUUGGACUGGGACACUUUGCAUCGUACGAACCAUCAGCAGUGCUACUGUUACUGCGGUGGACCUGGAGAGUGGUACCUAAAAAUGCUGCAGUGCUUUCGAUGUGAGCAGUGGUUUCAUGAGGCUUGUACACAGUGUCUUCAGGAGUCAAUGAUGUUUGGAGAUAGGUUUUACUUGUUCAUUUGUGCCGUGUGCAAUAAAGGAGUGGAAUACAUCAAGCGACUGGCUCUCAGAUGGGUGGAUGUGGUCCAUCUUGCUUUGUAUAACCUGGGAGUCCAGAGUAAGAAGAAAUACUUCGAACUGGAAGAGAUUCUUGCUUUUAUCGGCACCAACUGGGACCAUUUCCAGCUAGGCAAGCUCUCGAAUACCCCGCCGCCUGAACGGGCACAGUUCAUUCUUGAUGCCCUAAACAACUAUAAAAGCAAGUUCCUCUGUGGGAAGGAGAUCAAAAAGAGGAAAUGCAUUUUCCGAUUAAGGACAAGAGUUCCCCCUAACCCCCCUUCUAAGCUGUUCCCAGAGAAGACCCAAAAUAAUGAGGGGCACAGGGGCCGGAAGAAAGGAACCAGCAGUAAUUCAGAUCCUGCAGAGAAGCGGAAAAAGAAGAGGUCGAAGUGGCUGUUGGAGGACGCCAUUCCUAAUAAUGACCUCACUUCCACCUGGAGCUCCAAUCAUCACAUGGCCAACAUCUUCGACUUCACGCUGGAUGAGCUGCAGAGUUUAAAGAGCACCAGCUCAGGACGGACGUUUAGUUUGGACCAGGACUCCACGGACGCCGCCAGUACUUCUGGCUCCGCCACCACCAGCGGCUCUUACGACUUCAGGAAAAACGUUGGCAGUCGGAAGAGGAAAUUGCCCUCUUCGAAUUAUUCUGUGCUGGCCACAAAGCGAGAGAUGAUGGAGAGCGAGCUCAGCCCCAUAAGCAUGCCCGGAGAGGAGAGCAAUGAUAUGAUGGAGAACAGCAUCGACAGCCACACCUUUGAGAGCAUCAGCGAAGACGACUCCUCGCUCUCUCACCUUAAGUCUUCCAUCACCAGCUAUUUCGGGGCAGCCGGCCGAUUCACCUGUGGAGAAAAGUAUCAGGUGCUGGCACGUAGGAUCAUGCCUGGAGGCAAGGUGCAGUAUUUAGUGGAAUGGGAAGGAACUACACCUUACUAAAAGUCACAGAACAGUAGGUGUGGAACAGAUGGAGCCAAAUAAAAAGUGUCGCACAGAUCCCAUUCAUUUCCUGUUUUGCUUACUUUCAAAGCUCUAGUUGCUUUUUUCACAAACCACAUAUAGUUGUUUUUCUGUUAUUCUGGUCGUCUCCCAUGUGGGACGAUAAAGUUUUGUCAUAUCAAAGUCUUUCGCAGUGUCCUUUUGCUUGGGCACUUUAAACAUAAGUGGUCUUUAUUCAGUUUAGAGAUAAACUGUACUUAGCUUAAGCAGCCUGUAACUCGUAUUAGAUGGACAGUAUUAAACAACUUUUCAGUUUAGUUGUUGGACCCAAACGGUUUAAGAUUGACCCUAAGAGUGUUGAUCCCUUUUUUAAGCAGCUAGUUUUGCUCCUUUUAUCACGUUUUUGUAAUAAGGUUGUAUUUGUUAACAUUAGCAAACGCAUUAGCUAACAAUGAACAAUAUAGUGUGUCAUCUUUGUUAAUGUCAAUAUAAUAAAGAAUUUAAAAAAUGUAUAAUAAAUGCUGCAAUUAACAUAAACUAAGAUUAGUAAACGCUAUAGGAGUAUUGUUCAUGUUAGCUAAUGCAUUAACUAAUUUUAACAAAUACAACCUUAAACCUGUAAACCCAAAUUUUGUAUUGAAUCAAGCAGUGUUUUUUUUUUCCAGAAAAGUGCACGUAGUGGUUUACUGAAUGUACUUUUUCUUUCGUUCAUCUCACUCAGUAUUUUGGCAGAAGGACUACAUAGCGAAUUGUUCACGUUUGUUUAACAAUUGUGUCAGAGACAGCGGUACUUUAGUUGCUUAAAAAAAUACACGUUAGUCGCACUUUCUCCUUUUCAAAAAAUAGUUUUACGUUUGUUUUAGGUAAUUGUAUAACCAAAGUGAUGCAAAUACUGUUUUGAGACGAAAAAAAGUAUUUUUCUAUUUUGUAUGCUUUUGUAUGCUUUGGCAUAUCAUCAUGUAUUAGAUACGAUCUGCUUUGACAAAGCAGAAGUGCAUUUGAAAUUGCAAGGUCUAGAGAAACCAUUUCAUUUAUAUGCAACAGUAUUUUGGCUCUUUUCAAAAUGAACCCACAGAUGACAGUCAUAUUUAAAGUUUUUAUAGGAUCUCCAAAGAUUUGGAAGUGGAUCUGGAAGUGGCUUUGUCCGCAUUUACCGACGUUCGGAUUGACUGGAAAGUUACGUGAAUUUUCAAAGCUGUUAAGUUUGACUCUAUAAUUGGACUUUAGUAGUUUUAUAGUAUUAUAAAAGCAAAAAGUAUAGCAUAUAAAUAUACUUUAUUAUUUACAUGUACUGUAUAUAAUUGGAUAUAAGAUUAGCCCCCGUUUUAUUAUUGCACUAUUAUCAGCUAUGCAAGCUAUUAUUGGAUAAAAUUGACAUAUUUUGUAAUUGAUUUGAAAGAAAACUAUAAAAGUCUAUUUGAAGAAUUUGAUACUUUUCUCUUUUUAUAACCGUUUCCCAAUUGAUAAACAUUUGUGCAGUUUGAUACAGAUUGCAGCAUUGUCAACAACAAAAUGUUUGGAGUAUCGAUCACAUUCAAAAUGUUGUUUUGUUUGUAUGUCAACUGUUGGUUAUGUUUUGAAUGUUUUCGUGAUCUUACUUCUAAGUAGCACAUUUGAAGCCUUACCUGGCAAACAUGUUUUGAAGCAAUGUUCAGAGAUGUUUAUUGUGCACAUUGUUAUUCAUUCAUUCUUGUUUUAGACCAUUAAAACAGUUUG